AUGCUCAACCCUCAGAGAUCUUUGUCGGAACUUCCCAAGAUGUCGGCUGCCAGUCAAGUGGAGAGAGCAGUGCUGGAGGAAGAAUUCAACUGGCUUCUUAAAGAAGAAGUACAUGCAGUUCUUAAACAGCUUCAGGAUGUCCUCAAGGAGGCUUCGAGACGUUUCACAAUGCCGACGCCUGGCCUGGAGAGUCAGCUCAAACAGGAAAACUUCAUCCUAGGCAGUUCAACCAUGGAUCAGGUGAAAGGAGUGCUGACACUGCAGGGAGAGGCUCUGACUCAGGCGGACAUUAAUCUGAAGGUUGCGAAGAAUAGUCAAGUGCUGCACUUCCAGUUCAGGGAUGAUAAGCAGUGGAAACUACAGCAGAUUCAGGAUGCAAGAAACCAUGUGACUCAGGCACUUCAGUUGCUAAGCAGUCAUGAUGAGAACUAUGACUUCAAAACGGGGGAAGAAGUUAACAAGCUCAUGGACGCUGUGAUGCUCCAGCUGACACGUGCACGAAACCGCCUCACAACCCCAGCUUCCAUGACACUGCCGGAACUGGCCACCAGUGGGCUGAUGAAAAUGUUCACUCCUCCCAUGCCUGGUGACGUAAUGGUGAAUUUUUACAUCAAUUUAAGCAAACUGUGCCUCACUGUCUACCAGCUUCACGUAUUGGCUCCCAACACCACCAAGAAUUUCAAGCCAUCUGGAAGCUCUGUGCUGCACAAUCCUGGAGCCAUGUUUGAACUCAACAACAACCGAUUUGAGGUGAGCCAUGUUCACAAGGUGGAGUGUGUGGUCCCUUGGCUAAAUGACACCCUGGUCUUUUUCACCAUCUCACUACAGCUCUGUCAACAACUGAAAGACAAGAUAUCCGUCUUCUCCAGUUUCUGGAACUAUAGACCUUUUUAA